AUGAUAACACCGUUUUUGGCACCUCCUGACCAGGCGCCAUUGGCCAAUCGCCUGUUCGUAAUCGCAAUGGCACAGAUUUCUCUAACACACAAGGGCAUUUUUGUUCUGGUCGUUGGGGGAAUCACUCUUAUUCUAUUCCUUCUCUCUGAUGGUGGCCAAACGGGCUAUGAGACCAAUCCCGAUGUUGUUAGUCUUCGGUCAGUUUUUGUAACCUUGGUGAUAGCUGUGGAAGAGGCUGGUCGUGCCAUCAAGGUUUUAUCUGAUCUCCAACCGGCAAAUCCGUUCAACUUACACAAAAAGCCCGCUCUUCUCAAGUUGAACCCUACGGGACAUAUUACUAUGGAGGAGGUCGUAACAGAAGCCGACCUUCUCUCAAACUACUGCAUUGUUAGACGCAUCAAACUACUUCGACCAGAUUUCACCUCGCAGAUCAAUUCAGAGGAGCGCGAGAUGCCGCAACAGUCUUCGAUAACACUGGCAAUGAAGAGCAUUUUAACGGGGAGACAAUCUAUCAUGAGGCGCAAGCACCUACUGACUAUGCUGCCAGAACAGGACGUUUUCCUGCACCUGCACCAAGUCUCCCUCUGGGUUGAUCCUCUAGACGCCACGCAGGAGUACAGUGAAAAUCUGCUCCAAUUUGUUUCGGUAAUGGGCUGUGGAUCUAUACAUGGAGAGCCUGUUUUCGGUGUUGUUCACUUCCCCUUCCUUAAUGCCACCUGCUACAAGAUGAUUAAACUGGCGCUUGGCGAAGCGGACCUCUACGUGCAUGCGGGCGGUGCACGGCGGUGGGACGUGUGCGCGCCCUCGGCGAUCCUGGUGGCGCGCGGUGGAGUGGUGCGCACCCUGGUGGGUGACCCUCUCCACUUUCAUCACAAUGACCCCAGCGACCUUGACUCCCACCAAGGCAUCUUUGCAGCUGCCUCGCUUGACCUCUUUAACACUUGGGCAUCCACUGUCGCCUCGCUCAUUUCAAAUAUCCCUCCCACUGACACUUAUAUUGUCAUUGGUCGCAUCUUGACCGAGCUUUCUUGGGGUCUGGGUGCUCAAAUACGCGACGUCUACUUGCUGGACUACAACCACCUCGACUUCGUUUGGGGCGUAGACGCUGCCUCACACAUCUACCGCAACAUCAUUCACUUCUUCCGACAGCAUCGGUGGUCCCUUCUCCUUCGGCACCUUUAA